AUGUCAACAUCUAAAGUGAAUCCUAAUAGUCAACAUCGAGAUGUUCAACAACGAAAUCAUUCAUCUAAACGAACAAUGAUAAAUAAUAUUAAUCCAUUAUUAGAUAAUUAUAAUAAUAAUACUGCUGCUGCUGCUGUAACUGAUACAGUUUUACAACAAUCAAGAAUUCAUCAUAUAACAAGAUCAAUGAAACAAAAAGAUAAAUGUGAAACUACAAAUAUAUCAAGAUCAAAACCUGAAAGUGGAAGCGAAGAAAUUUAUACAACUCCAUUGAAUAAUGAACAUACAAAACUAUCUUCUUGUAUUCAUCAAAAACAACGAAUAAGACAAAGAAUAGGUGAUUAUAUUGGACAAGAUGCUGAUGAAGAAUCUACUGCUAUUUGUACUAAUAUGAAAAGAAAUAAAGAAUCAAAUGAAUAUAUACAUCGAUUAUCAACAUCAAUUAAUAAUUCUGCUAAUCAUCUUCAACAACAAGGUAUGGGUGAUCAUUAUCAUACAAAUUCAAAACAACAAAGAAAUAGAAGUAAAACAACAACA